UCCCUCACGAUACAGACCAAACCAGGGUUCCGCCCGCGGACGCGCACAACUAUCAUCCUCUUCCUCGAGCUCCUCCACCAUUCCUGUCGCUCGAUUCCUCCCAAAAAUUCUCCGCGCCGGAGCACGAUUCCUCCCAAACCUCACCGGGGCGCGCACGGAUUCCGCGCCGGACUGGCCCCUGGCCAUGGCGUAAUUGGGGUUCCCGACCGCGCUGGCGAUGGAGGCGCAGUGGCUCGCCGAGUACCCGCACCAGGCCGCCGACAAGCGGCCGCGCAAGCGGCCCCGGCUCGCAUGGGACGCCACGCCCCAGCUCUUCCCGCCCCCCAAGGCAAUUCCGAUGCUCUAUUGCGGGCAGGAACUAAUCAACGGUAAUUUUACGACUGCGUUCCUGCCGCCGCCACCAAUUUAUUAUGCUGGACCACCGCGGAAUCUGUCGCCCCCUUGGAGGCCGGAUGACAAGGAUGGGCACUAUGUUUUCGCACUUGGCGAGAACCUUACACCAAGAUAUAGGAUACUCAGCAAGAUGGGCGAAGGGACGUUUGGGCAAGUUUUGGAAUGCUGGGACUUGGAAAACCAAGAAGCAGUAGCUAUCAAGAUUGUGCGUUCCCUUCAGAAAUACCGAGAGGCUGCUAUGAUCGAAAUUGAUGUGCUUCAGAGACUUGGGAAGCAUGAUUUUACUGGUAGUCGUUGUGUGCAAAUACGGAAUUGGUUUGACUAUCGUAAUCAUAUAUGUAUAGUAUUUGAGAAGCUUGGGCCAAGCCUAUAUGACUUUCUCCGGAAGAAUAGCUACCGUUCAUUUCCUAUUGAUCUUGUUCGGGAGUUCGCCAGACAAAUAUUAGAGUCUGUUACAUUUAUGCAUGACCUGAGACUUAUUCACACGGAUCUGAAGCCAGAGAACAUUCUCCUUGUUUCACCUGAUACUAUCAGGAUUCAUGAUUAUAAGAUUCCGAUACGCCAAUCCAAGGAUGGUUCUGUUUUCAAGAAUCUUCCAAAAUCUAGUGCUAUCAAGCUUAUUGAUUUUGGAAGCACAACAUUUGAUCAUCAAGAUCACAAUUAUGUCGUGUCAACAAGGCAUUACCGUGCCCCAGAAGUUAUCCUUGGUCUUGGGUGGAAUUAUCCAUGCGAUCUUUGGAGUGUUGGAUGCAUUUUAGUUGAGCUCUGCUCGGGGGAAGCUCUGUUUCAAACACAUGAAAAUUUGGAGCAUCUAGCUAUGAUGGAGAGGGUUCUAGGCCCCAUUCCAAAACACAUGAUGGCCAGAGCUGAUAGACGAGCUGAGAAGUACUUUAGGCGUGGAUUAAGGCUUGACUGGCCAGAGGGGGCAGCCUCACGAGAAAGCAUGAAGGCAGUAUGGAAAUUGCCUCGUCUCCAGAAUCUGGUAAUGCAACAUGUAGACCAUUCUGCUGGGGAUCUAAUAGAUCUUCUUCAGGGGCUUCUUCGGUAUGAUCCUGAUGAGCGCCUUAAGGCACGCCAGGCUCUUCAACACCCUUUCUUUACCAGAAGCCACAGAAGAUGUGGUUACUGAGACUAUACUGAGAUUGAAAUUCUCAAUUCUGUAUUUGUUCCUUUCGAUGUGUAAGAGCUACCGAAAAAAUGGAAAUGUUCUGCAGAAAAUGAAAUAUGCUAACUCGCAUUCUGUUCUGAUGUGAAAGGUAACUGUUGUAUAUAAAAUGAGUUACGACCGUUAAUUUA